CGGUAGUAAAAGUGUCUGGGUCACAGAGGAGAGGAGCAGGUUCAGGAAGAAAAAACUUUAUCUUCUAAGGUUUCUGGAGGCAGCUGCUGUGUUUUGUCAGAGACGGGGGUUUCAGUUGCAGUCUAAAAAUCAGUCUAAAAUCAGCGAGGCAUACUUUUAUUUUGAAACGAUGCCGGCAAGGAAGUGACUUUUAUUUGACUUUAAUGGAGCUGAAGCAGAAGCAUGGAGAUGCUGUGGUGCUGAGAGCGCUGUACUGCAGUGUUACAGGGUUUUAAUGGUCUAAUAUUCUGGACUAUAGGUUUAUCAUGGCCGCGUCUGGCUGUCAGAAGUUGAGUCGAGUCCUGCAGCUGCUCAGAUUAGCUGCGGUAAAGCCCGGGGUUUUCUCCAGGAGGCAGACUGCGCAGUCUGCAGACACACCGAGCUCUACUGGACCGCUGUAUGUCAGACACUGCUCUACUGCUGCACUGCUGAGACACACCUGCAGACACCUGAGACUCCAGCGAGGCUUUCACACCACGACCUGGGCCCUGGCAGCGAGGAUUCUCAGUGUGGAGGAGAUCUUCUCCAUGCAGUCUUUACACAGAUACCUGAGGAAGGUGCAGACUGAGUAUAGAGACUGCCUGCACUCUCUGAACACUGGAGAUUCUCAGAUAGAUGAAGAGGAGUUGCGAGGAAAAAGGGAGAGACUGUCUGUUUUGGAUCCUCUGGUCCAAAGAAUUACAGAAUUAGAAGAAAAACAGAAGGAGCUCGAGGAAACAGAGGCUUUACUAAAAGAAAAUGAUGCUGAUCUGCAUGAACUCGCGCAGACUGAGAAGGAGAACUGUCUAACCACUAUUCAAGAAAUCAAACAACAGAUUAUCUCUGCUCUGAUCCCCGAGGAGGAGUCAGAUAUGAGUGACCUGGUCCUAGAAGUCACUGCUGGAAUUGGUGGUCAAGAGGCUAUGCUUUUUACUGCUGAGAUAUUCACCAUGUACCAGAACUUUGCUUCUUUCCAUGGCUGGGGCUUUGAAAUUCUGGAGUUUAUGUCAAGUGAUAUUGGAGGAGUAAGGCAUGCCACAGCCAGUAUAAGUGGUCCACUCAGCUACAAGAAGAUGAAGUUUGAAGCAGGGGUACAUCGUGUCCAGAGGGUUCCAAAGACAGAAAAGCAAGGCCGGAUGCACACAAGCACUAUGACAGUGGCUAUACUUCCCCAGCCAGCUGAGAUCUCUUUUACAAUUAACCCUAAAGACCUGAGGAUUGAAACAAAGAGAGCCAGUGGGGCUGGAGGACAACAUGUCAACACAACCAACAGUGCUGUGAGGAUUGUACACUUACCAACAGGCAUUGUCUCUGAGUCUCAACAAGAGCGUUCGCAAAUCAUAAACAAGGAGAAGGCCAUGAAGGUGCUGUUGGCCAAACUCUACAGUGCAAAGCUGGAGGAGGAGACCAGUAAGCGCCUCCAGGCCCGCAAACUACAGAUUGGCACCAAGGGCCGAUCAGAAAAAAUCAGGACCUACAACUUCUGCCAGGACAGAAUCACUGACCACCGGAUUGGGAAAACCCUGCAUGACUUGGAUGCAUUUUUAUUAGGGGAGGAUCUGCUGGAUGAGAUGAGUUCAUCUCUGCAGCAGUUUUAUGACCAAGAGGCUCUCAUGGACUUUUUGGAGGACAACAACACAGAUUAAUCAGUGUGACUGAUAUUAUUUAAAAAAUGAGUAAUAAACAUCUUUUUGAUGAGAA